UGAGGUGGGGAGGAGGCUGGACAGCAAAAGUAAGAGUACUGGUUGCAGCGGCUGAAGAGGACCCUCCCCCUUGUUCAGCACAGCCAUAAAAGCAGGCAGAGUUUGCAGUCAGACACUCAGAGGGACUUGGCUCUCCUUUUGAAUCCUGCUCAUCUUCAGUUCUCCUCUGCUCAGAGUUGACAUCCUUUACCUGCAAACACAAUGAGGAAAGCAUACUCAGUCACAAGCUCUGGCAGCAGCACCAGGAGGUCCUUUGCAGGACCAGGAAGCAGCUACUCCGUCAAAAGAACCACUUAUGGUGGUCUUGGCUCUAGCGCUGGUACUAGUUUCGGUGGUGCCAGUAGUGGUUUUGGUGCCAGUGGUGGUUUUGGUAUGUCUUCAUUUGGUGGUGGUUCCGGGUCUGGUUAUGGCUUUUCUUCUAGCCAAAUGUCAGGCGGUUUCGUGCCCGCACCUAUCACAGCUGUCCAAGUCAACCAGAGCCUGCUGGCCCCCCUGAACCUGGAGAUUGACCCCAACAUCCAGGCUGUCCGCACCCAGGAGAAGGAGCAGAUCAAGACCCUGAACAACCGCUUUGCUUCCUUCAUUGACAAGGUCCGUUUCCUGGAGCAGCAGAACAAGAUGCUGGAGACCAAAUGGAGCCUCCUGCAGGACCAGACCACCACCCGCUCCAACAUCGAGGGCAUGUUUGAGGCUUACAUUGCCAACCUGCGCAGACAGCUUGACGGGCUGGGCAAUGAGAAGGGCAAGCUGGAGGGAGAGCUGAGGAACAUGCAGGGCCUGGUUGAGGACUUCAAGAGGAAGUAUGAAGAUGAAAUCAACAAACGUGCAGCUGCAGAGAACGAAUUUGUGCUCCUGAAGAAGGACGUUGAUGCUGCCUACAUGAACAAGGUCGAGCUGGAAGCCAAGGCUGAUGCUCUUCAGGAUGAGAUCAACUUCCUCAGGGCCGUCUAUGAGGCUGAGCUUCGUGAGCUGCAGGGCCAGAUCAAGGACACCUCUGUCAUCGUGGAGAUGGACAACAGCCGUAACUUGGACAUGGAUGCCAUUGUGGCUGAAGUGCGUGCCCAGUACGAGGACAUUGCCAACCGCAGCAAGGCUGAAGCAGAGACCUGGUACAAACAGAAGUACGAGGAGAUGCAGAGCUCUGCCGGACAAUAUGGUGAUGACCUGCGCACAACCAAGGCUGAGAUUGCUGAGCUGAACCGCAUGAUCUCCCGUCUUCAGAAUGAGAUUGAGGCUGUCAAGGGACAGAGGGCCAACCUUGAGGCUCAGAUUGCAGAAGCUGAGGAGCGUGGUGAGCUGGCAGUGAAGGAUGCCAAGCUCCGCAUCAAGGACCUGGAGGAUGCUCUGCAGAGAGCCAAGCAGGACAUGGCCCGCCAGGUGCGCGAAUACCAGGAGCUGAUGAAUGUCAAGUUGGCUCUGGACAUCGAAAUCGCCACCUAUAGGAAACUGCUGGAAGGAGAGGAGACCAGACUGGCCAGUGGAGGCUCCAGUGCAACCAUCCAUGUGCAGCAGACCUCUGGAGGUGGUGGAUUCUCCAGCUCCAGCUCCGGCGGGGGAUUUGGCUCCAGCAGUGGAUUUGGAUCCGGUGGUGGAUUCAGCUAUGGUGGUGGUUAUGGUGGUACUCUCACCAAGUCCACAGUCUCAACAACCAGUUCCAGGAGAAACUUUUAAAAAGGAGAGCCGUCCCUCUUACACUUCAGAAACUCUUACAUUUGAUCUAAAUCUGUACCUUUUCAUGGUGCUACGCUAUACUGUAAAGCAUGUUCAAGAAGAGAGCUGAAUAUCCCUAAUAUCAGAUUCCUAAAAUCUGAGAGUUUCUGAAGGUACAAAUGACCUUAAACACUCAAGGACCUGGUCAGUGGUCAAGGCAAAUUUUGAUUGCUUUCUGCACUGAAAUCCACGAAAUAAGAAAAAAAGAAAAACAAAGAAAGGUUUUGAUAGAGUGGUAAAACUAAGCAAGGAAAGUGUUUGAAAAUCUGCACUCUAUCUUGUACUGUAUCUGACAUGGGCAGGAUAUUUUCAGAUGAUGUUUUCACUGGUAAAUUUGAGUUCUCAUAUUAGUUAUGUGAGCAAGUUACUGACCGAAUUUGAUCCCGAAGAAAUGCAAAAAGUUCUGUGACUUUACAUGUUUACAGUUUAACUUUGAACUGAUUGGCUUCUGGCUUGUUCUUUUUCCUGUUUCCUGUCAAAUGUUUCCCUGCUUAGUUUUGCCUUAAAGAUAAAACUAUGUUGAAACCAGGUUUAUUUUGUGAAAGUCUUCAACAUGACUGAUGAAUUUUGCAACACAUCAAAUACAUCUCAAUAAAAUAAAUCUGAGAACUAAAAUGA